AGAGGUAUUGCGUACGUUGUAAACUGUGACGAAAGGCGAGAGAAUAUGUUAAUGUUAUAAACAUUGAAGCGCGCGCGCGCGCGUGCUAAAUCUGCAGUUUUGGCAAACGAGAAUUUAUAAAUAGCAACCGUGUGCUAUCAGAGGCCUCUGUGAUUAAUGUAAUUGUUAGAUGAAGAAAGGAGAACGGAACACGCGCGCGAGUGUCGAUUGUCGAUUGGCAUUCAAUUGAUAUAAUGAUGGGCCGAAAUUUAGCGGUUCUUCUUCCGUGGAGAAAACCCACCGGCUUGCCUCGCUCGAUUAAAAGCCUGCACUCCUCCUGCCGCCAAUGUUUACGCAGCAACCUGCUGUUAACCGUGCCAGUGAAACUCGCCUACACUUCGUACGAGUCGGUGAAGGAGCAGGAGCAGGAUGCGAAGGAACCUAUUAUAAUAAUGCACGGCCUCUUCGGUUCGAAAAACAAUUGGAACUCGCUGUCGAAAGCGAUCCACCAAAAGACCAAGCGUAAGGUCAUAGCGGUGGACGCCAGAAAUCAUGGUGAUUCUCCACACUCGUCGAACAUGUCGUACAAGGACAUGGCGGGGGAUGUGAUCCAGCUCCUGAGCGACCUAGGCUUUGAGAGAGCCGUCCUGGUUGGCCACAGUAUGGGUGGUUCGGCCGUUAUGUACACCGCUUUGAAUUUUCCACAACACAUCGAGAAAUUGGCGGUCGUCGACAUGUCUCCCGUGAGAGCUAGUCCGAAUCUCAUGCAGAUGGAGAGGAUCUUCGAGGCCAUGCGUUUGGUGAUGGUGGACGGGAGUCUCAGCUUGUCGAAGGCGCGCAAAACGGUGGACCAGCAACUAGCCAAGUCUAUUAAAUCUAGCUCAAUGCGUCAGUUCAUACUGACGAACCUGGUAGAAGCCGAGUCGGGAAAGUACAAGUGGCGAGUUAAUUUACCGGUGCUGGAGCAGGCAUUCUCGACUCAGAUAGCUGUAUUUCCUAAUGUAGGCUCAAAGAUCUACGACGGCCCCACGUUGUUCAUAGGCGGCUCCAAUAGCGAUUACAUUCAAGCGAAAGAUCACGACGCGAUCAAGAAGCUAUUUCCCAUGGCGAAAUUUCAUUACGUCGAUGGAGCGAGCCACUGGGUUCACGCGGAUAAACCCAACGAAUUCGUCGAUCUUCUAACAACUUUUAUCAAUUGCUCGGCCUUGUGAUACUCGUGAAUAUGUAAAGAAAAAGU